UUCAGGGUAUUUUGUUGAUAUGCUGUUCUUUCAAUGUUUUGGGGGGAAUGAAUAAAUGGUUUUUGGCUGCUGAGAAUUGCAAUUUUCCUUCUCGAAGCACUCGAAAGCUCUCCCAUUCAUGGACGGGAAAAUGUUGGUGGCAACUUGGAAGAAAUGAUGUUAGUUCUGAGGGCAACAGUGCUAGAACAUGCGAAGCAAAUCUCACAACUGAAGUCUGAAAAUGAGCAACUGUGGAAUCACAAUGAAAACCUCAGGGACGACUACAAGAAAAUGAAGUAUGACAUUGAGAACAUGAGAAAAGAGAACGAAAAUCUCAAGUCUAGCUUGCAGGAACAUCUCCGGGAAAGAGAUAAACUACAGCUUCAACUGAACGUCACGGAAGGAAGACUCCAAUAUCUGGAGGCUAUUAGUCUACAAAUAACACCCCGAACGUGUCAGACGUUGGCAGACCUGGGAGUGACACGGACAGGAGAAUACUUCGUGGAUCCUGACGGAGCGUUGAUCGGCGAUGCACCCAUCAAAGUGCUCUGUGACAUGGAGACAGGUCGGUGA